GAAUAAUAGUAAACAUUGGAAAAAGUAGUCUAGACAAUUAUAUUGAAAUCUUAAAAUCAACUUUCACGUAAAUUUAAAUUUUUCAAAUUAGUUAAUCGAAUAUCAAAUCCAGAGUGCAGAACAUAAAAUGUCGUUUAAAGAUCAAAUCGGAAAUACAGUUAAAGAGAUUGUAGCAGAUCAGGAAAAAAUACAACAUUUCAAAGCAGAAUUUAAAAAAAUGCAGGAUAGUUUUAGAAGAGUAACGCAGGGAGCUGAUGAUAUUGUGAAAAGUACAAACAAUUUGGCCACUAAACUCAAAAUUCCUUGCCAGGAGACAAUAGCAUUGGGAGAAUGUUUGCAGAUGCUACAAGACGAAAUUGACGUAAAGUUACUGCGAGAAGAUGUGAAAUGGGAAGACAUUGAAAAGGAAUUCGAAGAAUCAAAUUCCUGUCUCCGAAGUUACCUCAAACUCUACAAGACAACUGUUUUGAAUUUAGCUGGUCUAACUUCAAUAGAGCUAGAUCCUACUGACUCAAUAACCAGUGCAAGUGCAAAAACAUCUCUUGAGUCGUCAUCUAGCCAUUUUCAACAAAUGCUGGUUGCUCAUGAUCCUCUUGCUGACAGAGACUUGUUCAGGAACCUCAAUGCUAAACACCUGAGCAUCGCUGAAGAUAUCCAGGCAAUGAAGGAGCAGCUUAACAUAUUUAAAGUAACUAAUUCGAAUAUUGCUGACGAAGUUGAGCGGAUUUCUAAAGCGGUACAAAAUGUAUUUGGAAACAAUAAAACAGAAGUUAAAAAUGCGUUAUGAAAUGUUGAAAGCUGAUUAAGAAACUCCAGUGGCAAAUACUGUACAUUUUGUUGUUCUUAUCCAAAAUAUAAUGAGAGAUUUUGUAAUUUUAAAAUGAUAAUGGACACUGCCUGUCUCACUCAGUAUUCUUAUCGCAAAAUGGAAGAGAUAAAAAAUUACAUAAAAAACAUAAAAACAUGUGGAGAAUAAAAUAAAUGAAAAUGAACUUUGUUUAUUGUUAUUCUUUAAAAUUAUGAGUAGUUUCGAGAAAUUUGUUUCUAUUUGAAGAUACAA